AUGCUGCCAGGUAACUUUCCCCAUCUCUCAGAGCUGCGGAUUGUGCUGCUGGGUUCUAGAUUCGCUGGGAAGUGUUCAGCAGGAAAUGCCAUCCUCGGCAGAGAUGAGUUUGACCUGGGGAGAGCUGCUCAGUGUGUGAAGAGACGGAGAGAAGUUGCAGGGAGGCAGGUCACUGUGGUCGACACUCCAGGAUGGUGGGAAAAUUACCCUGUAGAGUCCACUCCUGAGCUGGUUAAACAGGAGAUUAUGCACACAGUGUGUCUGUGUCCCCCAGGACCCCACACUCUCCUCCAUGAUUCAUUCACAGAGGAACACAGAGAAGCACUAGAGGAACACCUGGAGCUUCUCGGUGAGAGAGUCUGGAGUCACACUAUAGUGCUGUUCACCUAUGGGAAAAGACUGGGACAAACAACCAUUGAGCAGCAUAUUCAGAGAGAAGGGAGGGCCCUUCAGGGGCUUGUUGAGAAAUGUGAUAACAGGUAUCAUGUCCUAAACACUAAGAACAGGGGAGAUGUCACAGCGCUGCUGGAGAAGAUAGAGAAGAUGGUGACAGUAAACAGAGGCCAUUAUAAGCUAAAGAGAGGGAUACUAGAAAAGAUUGAAGACAGAAGGAAAGCAGAGGAUGAGGGAGUGAAACGGAGACUGAUGAAGGUGCAGCAACAGAGAGAGACCCUAAAAAGUCUGUGUUCUAUCUCUCUGCCAGGUGACUCCGUCCAUCUCUCAGUGCUGACGAUUGUGCGGCUCGGGGCUAGAUUAUCUGGGAAGAGUUCAGCAGGUAACACCAUCCUGGGCAGAAAGGAGUGGCUGAGGGUAGCUGCUCAGUGCUCAAAAGUAGCAGGGAGGCAGCUCACUGUAGUCGACACUCCAGGCUGGUGAGGAUAUCUCCCCAUAGAGUUCACUCCUAGAAUGGUUAAACAGGAGAUUAUGCACAGUGUGUCUCAGUGUCCCCCAGGACCCCACACUCUCCUCCUGGUCAUAUGGGGGGAUGAAUCAUUCACUGAGAAAGAAAGAAGAGUAAUAGAGGAACACCUGGAGCUUCUCAGUGAGACAGUCUGGAGUCACACUAUAGUGCUGUUCACCUAUGGGGACUGUCUGGGAAACACAGCCAUUGAACAGCACAUUGAAAGUGAGGGGAAGGCCCUCCAGUGGCUUGUUGAGAAAUGUGGAAACAGGUAUCAUGUUCUUAACAAUGUCAAUGAGGGUGAUGGUACUCAGGUCACAGAGCUGCUGGAGAAGAUAGAAGAGAUGGUGGCAGGAAACCGUGGAGAUGUGUUUCCUGUUUCAGAUCAAACAAUCUGCACCAAUCAGGUAAGCUGA